AUAUCCAACCACUCAAGUACACACAUUGUUUAUCCACAUACACUUUUGUGGAUUAAGUACUAUCUUUUUUUCUUUUUUUUUUCUUCCAGCUUUUCCUUUUCAAUUCCAUCCAAGAAUUGAAUAUGGCUCUUCAGCUACUUUCUUCUCUUCUAUUUCUGGUGUUGCUCCCUUCAAGCAAUGCCCAGGGUCCCCCUUCCCCUGGCUACUACCCUAGCUCUAGAGUUCGAACCCUAGGGUUUUACCAGGGUUAUAGUAACCUUUGGGGUUCUCAACAUCAAUCUUUGGACAAUCAGGGCACAUUAACAAUCUGGUUGGAUCGAACCGGAGGUGGAAGCGGAUUCAAAUCUCUCCAUUCAUAUCGGUCAGGUUAUUUUGGGGCUUCCGUUAAGCUCCAGCCCGGUUAUACUGCCGGCGUUAUAACAUCUUUCUAUCUUUCAAACACCGAGCAGUAUCCGGGGUACCACGACGAAAUCGACAUUGAGUUCCUGGGAACGACGCCGGGAAAGCCGUACACCUUGCAAACCAAUGUGUACAUACGAGGAAGCGGCGACGGCCACAUCAUCGGACGUGAAAUGCAAUUCCACCUUUGGUUCGACCCCACCCAGUCUUUUCACCAUUAUGCUAUUCUUUGGAAUCCUAAUGAGAUCAUAUUUUUCGUGGACGACGUGCCGAUCCGACGGUACCCUCGGAAGAGCGACGCGACGUUUCCGGAGCGGCCGAUGUACGUGUACGGCUCGAUCUGGGACGCGUCGUCGUGGGCCACGGAGAACGGCAAGUACAAGGCGGACUACAAUUACCAGCCGUUCGUGGGGCGGUACCGGGAUUUCAAGAUCGGCGGUUGCGAGGCGUCGGCGGGCGCGUGGUGCCGGCCGACCCCGAGCUCGCCGCGUGGCUACACGGGACUGAGCGCGCAGCAGUACGCGGCCAUGGCGUGGGUGCAGAGGAACCAUAAGGUGUACGAUUACUGCCAGGAUCCUCGGAGAGACCGCACGCAAACACCGGAGUGUUGAUGAGGAUGAAGAUGAAGAAAAUAAGGUUUGUUUAGUACAGUUUGGAUGGAGGGUGUUGAGAUGGGUUCCACUUGGUAGUUGAAGCGUCCGAGCCUUCCAGGUGUGAUUGGGAAAUGCCAUCAUGAUUUUACAUUUCUUGUCUUGCUCUUUUGUUUGAAAAAAAUUUCUGAAAUAUACUCUCUACACGGUUGUGAAAAAAUAUAUUAUAUUAUUAAUAAUAAAGGGUGUUAAUUAGUACUGUAAUUUGGCACGCUAGAUUACAAAUGUACAAAUGUACGCAUCAAUGCAAAUCUAUAUGAAUUUCCUUGUGUUUUUUUGUGUA